CAUCACAGGUCCUACACCUCCGGGAUAUUCAGAGGAGAUUGUGGUCGCGCAGUCAGUAAUAAGGUAAGGGUCUUCAGAACUGAGCCCUGUAGGAGGUCACUGUCUAUCUGUCACAAGGAUCUGUACCAGGACAUAGUCAUGAUGGAGGAUCACCGGCUCCUCACAUCACAAGAUGGAGUCAUUGAUAGAAAUCCACUAGAGAGGUGUCCUCGUCCUCUGUAUUCCCAGGACUGUCCAGAGGGAAAUGUCCUGUCUCAUCUGGGGGGAGAUCUGACUAAUAUUAAAGUGGAGGAUGACUCAGAAGAAGAGAGGAUGAUGGGGGAUCACCCGUGUAUGAGGGAAGUGAAGGAGGAAACUCCAGAUGAUGAUACCCCAGGAAAUCCCAGUAAGAAUUCGGAGGGAAACGUCAUGUUAUCUGUGAGUGAUAAAGAAGAAGAUGGAGAGAUCGUGGAGCGCUCCUCAGGUGAAGAUGGAGAGAUCAUGGAGCGCUCCUCAGGAGAAGAUGGAGAGAUCAUGGAGCGCUCCUCAGGAGAAGAUGGAGAGAUCAUGGAGCGCUCCUCAGGAGAAGACCUCCUUACCACUAAUGUCCAUCCAGAUCUAUCAUAUAAUGACUCUCCUGAUCAUCGGGAACCUUCUCCUCACCAAUCCCACAUUGUUACCACAAGGACAAAUCGGAAAGAGGUGAAAAUGUUUCAUUGUGACAAAUGUGGAAGACAUUUUAUAAAAAAAUCAGAUCUUCUGACACACAGAAGACACCACACAAGAAAGAGGUUGCAUUCAUGCCCUGAAUGUGGGAAAUGUUUUACAAAUAAAUCGAAUCUUGUUAGACAUUCGAGAACUCACUCAGGAGAGAAGCCGUUUCCUUGUUCCGAAUGUGAGAAAUAUUUUAUUACUAAAGACAAGCUCAAGGACCAUCAGAAAAUUCACACAGGAGAGAAACUGUUUUCAUGUGCAGAAUGUGGAAAAUGUUUUGCAUAUAAAUCUAGCCUUAUUACACACGAGAGAUUUCACACAGGAGAGAAGCCGUAUUCGUGCUCAGAAUGUGGAAAAUGUUUUACAAAUAAAUCAGAUCUUGUUUCACAUGAGAGAAGUCACACAGGAGUGAAGCCAUAUUCAUGUUCAGAAUGUGUGAAACGUUUUGCAAGUAAAUCAAACCUUAUUAAACAUUUGAGAAUUCACACAGGAGAGAAGCCAUAUUCAUGUUCAAAAUGUGAAAAAUGUUUUUCAAGUAAAUCAUAUCUUGCUAUGCACGAGAAAAUUCACACAAUGGAAAAACCAAACCCAUGUUUAGAAUGUGGAAAAUGUUUUAUGAGUAAAUCGGAUCUUGUUAUACAUGAGAGAAUUCACACAGGAGAGAAGCCGUAUUCAUGUUCAGAAUGUGGGCAAUGCUUUACAAAUAAUUCAUAUCUUGUCAUACAUAAGAGAAUUCACACAGGAGAGAAGCCAUACUUGUGUAAAGAGUGUGGAAAAUGUUUCUUAAGCAAAUCCUAUCUUACUAAACAUGUAAGAACUCACACGGCAAGGAAGUCAUUUACAUGUUCAUCAUGUGGAAAAGGUUUUACAAAACAAUCACUUCUUGCUAAACAUGAGAGAAGUCACAAGGGAGAGAAGCCAUAUUCAUGUUUAGAAUGUGGAAAAUGCUUCAAACGUCGAUCACAACUUGUUUUACAUCAGAGAAGUCACACAGGAGAGAAGCCAUAUUCAUGUUCAGAAUGCGGUAAAUGUUUUACAGAACAAUCAAAAGUUAUUUUACAUGAGAGAAUUCACACAGGAGAGAAGCCAUAUUCAUGUUCAGAAUGUGGGAAAUGUUUCACAAAAAGAUCAAAUCUUGCUGCACAUGAGAGAAUUCACACAGGAGAGAAGCCGUAUUCAUGUUCAGAAUGUGGGAAAUGUUUUGUAGAUAAACAAAGUCUUGGUAGACAUGAAAAGACUCACAAAGGAGAUAGGCCGUAUUCGUGUACACAAUGUGGGAAAUGUUUUACACGAAAAUCACGCCUUGCCAUACAUGCCAGAUGUCACACAGGAGAGAAGCCGAUUCAAUGUAAUGAAUGUGGGAAACUGUUUACACAAAGAUCACAUCUUUUAACACACAAAAGAAUUCAUACAGGAGAGAAGCCGUAUUCAUGUUCAGAAUGUGGAAAAUGUUUUAAAAGAAAAUCACAUCUUGUUAUACAUGAGAGAAUUCACACAGGAGAGAAGCCGUAUUCAUGUUCAGAAUGUGGAAAAUGUUUUAAACAAAAAUCGUAUCUUGUUAUUCACCAGAGAAUUCACACAGGAGAGAUGCCAUAUUCAUGUUCAGAAUGUGGAAAAUGUUUUAAACAGAAAUCAUUACUUGUUACACACGAGAGGAUUCACACAGGAGAGAAGCCGUGUUCAUGUUUAGAAUGUGGAAAAUGUUUUACAGAUAAAUCAGCUCUUAUUGUACAUGAGAGAAUUCACACAGGAGAGAAGCCGUUUUCAUGUUCAGAAUGUGGGAAAUGUUUUAAACAAAAAUCAGAUCUUGUUCGACAUGAGAGAAUUCACACAGGAGAGAAACCGUAUUCUUGUUCAGAAUGUGGGAAAUGUUUCAGAGAGCAAACAAAUUUUAUUACACAUAAGAGAAGUCACACAGGAGAGAAGCCGUAUUCAUGUUCAGAAUGUGGAAAAUGUUUUAAACAAAAAUCAGAUCUUGUUAUACAUGAGAGAAUACACACAGGAGAAAAGCCAUAUUCUUGUUCAGAAUGUGGGAAAUGUUUUAGAAGUAACUCACAUCUUGUUAGACAUGAGAAAAGACACUUUGAUGUUGUGUAUGUAGAAAAUGUUUUUCAUGGAAAUAGAUUACAUGAGGAGGAGGUUCCUAUAAGGUGUCAGGAUGUGGCGGUCUAUUUCUCCAUGGAGGAGUGGGAGUAUGUAGAAGGACACAAGGAUCUGUACCAGGACAUAGUCAUGAUGGAGGAUCACCGGCCCCUCACAUCACAAGAUGGAGUCAUUGAUAGAAAUCCACCCGAGAGGUGUCCCGGUCCUCUGUAUUCCCAGGACUGUCCAGUGGGAAAUGUCUCAGAGAUCCAUCAGGGUGAAGAUCUGAUGGAUAUUAAGGUUGAGGUUAAAGAUGAACCAGAAGAGGAGACGGAUUUCGGGGCCGAUCAGCAGUAUGGAGUCAUUGAUAGAAAUUCACCCGAGAGGUGUCCCCGCCCUCUGUAUUCCCAGGACUGUCCAGAGGGAAAUGUCCCAGAGAAGCAUCAGGGUGAAGAUCUGAUGGAUAUUAAGGUUGAGGUUAAAGAUGAACCAGAAGAGGAGACGGAUUUGGGGGCCGAUCAGCAGUAUGGAGUCAUUGAUAGAAAUCCACCCGAGAGGUGUCCCUGCCCUCUGUAUUCCCAGGACUGUCCAGAGGGAAAUGUCCCAGAGAAGCAUCAGGAUGAAUACCUGACUAUUAUUAAAGUGGAGAAUGAAGAAAAGAUCUUGAGGUGCGAUCCUCCAUGUAUGAGGGAAGUGAAGGAGGAAAUUCCAGGAGGUGUUACCCCAGAAAAUCCCAGUAAGAAUUCUGAGGAAAACGUCAUGUUAUUCCUGAAUGAUAAAGCAGAAGAUGGAGAGAUCAUGGAGCGCUCCUCAGGAGAAGACCUCCUUACCCCUAGUGUCCAUCCAGAUCUAUCAUAUAAUAAUCCACCUGAUCAUGGGGAACCUUCUCCUGACCAACCACACAUUGUUACCACAAGGACAGAGAAGAAAGGGGGGGAAAGACUUCAGUGUGAUGAAUGUGGGAAAUGGUUUACCAGAAGAUCAGAUCUUGUUAUUCACAGAAGAAUUCACACAGGAGAGAAGCCGUAUUCAUGUUCAGAAUGUGGGAAAUGUUUUACAUGUAAAACAAAUCUUGUUUUACAUGAGAGAAGUCACACAGGAGAGAAGCCAUUUUCUUGUUCAGAAUGUGGGAGAUGUUUUAAAGAUAAAUCAGUUCUUGUUAGACAUGAGAGAAUUCACACAGGAGAGAAGCCCUAUUCAUGUUCAGAAUGUGGGAAAUGUUUUAAACAAAGAUCGGAUCUUGUUGUACAUGAGAAAAUUCACACAGGAGAGAAGCCGUAUUCAUGUUCAGAAUGUGGGAGAUGUUUUAAAGAUAAAUCAGUUCUUGUUAGACAUGAGAGAAUUCACACAGGAGAGAAGCCCUAUUCAUGUUCAGAAUGUGGGAAAUGUUUUAAACAAAGAUCAGAUCUUGUUGUACAUGAGAGGAUUCACACAGGAGAGAGGCCAUAUUCAUGUUCAGAAUGUGGAAAAUGUUUUAAACAAAAAUCAAGUCUUAAUAAACAUGAGAGAAUUCACACAGGAGAGAAGCCAUAUUCAUGUUCAGAAUGUGGAAAAUCCUUUACAAGCAAAGCAUAUCUUGUUAUACAUGAGAGAAUUCACACAGGAGAGAAACCUUGAGAGAGAUUCUUGUUCAGAAUGUGGGAAAUGUUUCAGAAGUAACUCACAUUUGGUUAGACAGGAGAAAAGACACUUUUUAAUGUUCUAUAUGUAGAAAAUGUUUUACAUGAAAAUUAGACUUUGAAACUCAUCAAAGAUGAAACCCCGCCCCCAUAACUAUUCCUGAUGGGCCUGAAUUGUGGCAGAACGUGCACCAGAAUAAUGUUGUGUAGAAUUACAGAUUUAUUAUUAAGUUUAUACAUCAUGUGAUACUUAACUUUUUUUUUUUUAUUAAAUCCAUAAUGUUGUAUCUGUUGUGACUUUCUGAAGACUAUAUCUCAAACUUGAACUCCAGUGUCAGGUGCCAUUUGGGCGGAGCCUAGCUCCUACCUUCCUAAACAUGUGUUUGUUACAAUGUGUCGCCUCAUCAUUUCUGCUCCUCCUUCCCCCGUCAGUGUUAUCUUCUGUAAUAUGUCUUACACCAAACCCCGACUUCAUAUAAAUGACAAAUUAACCCUUUAUUAUGAUGACUUAUCAGGUCAUGUGAUCUAUAUAAGACAUACAUGGUCUCCCCUCUCAUCUUUUCUAAUAUAUCUGCCCUGACCUCAUCUUACCGCCAUACGGGGCAAUCCCUUAGAUAAAUGCAUUGCGGCAGCUUUAGGAAUUAUAUGGUGGA